UACUAGAGUGUACUAGAAUAACCGUACCACGUCCAUUUAACAAGCUACUUACAGAAGAAAAAAAAAUCACCUGCCAAAACUGUUCGCCGAUUUGCAUCGUACUCCCGGAAUAUCGACCGGGUUUCAGCACGUUUUGGACGGCAAGUCAAGGAGACAGAGACGGCCCCGCUCCGCGUCUUAUACGUGACGAUAACAGGAUAACAGGCCCAGCUUCAUGAACUACGUGCCGAGUGUUUAUCUUGCGCGCAGAGUAUGAGAAAGCUGGGAGCUUGUCAGCAGGGCCGAGAGGCGCUACAGCUGUUGUCAACCCUAUGCUGUUGCCGAUGGAACUUUGUUCACGCUUCGUGCCUCCGCUUUCUAUCUUUCUGUCCCUUUAUCCCUGAGGAUACAGCGGCUACAGCAUGUGCAGCCUCCCCAUUCCACAAGAGAAUAAAGAACCAGCUACCCCACUUGUGCUAAAAGCUAAAACACCACUGGGACGCCCACUCUCUCCCACUUUUCCCACUCUCCUCCUUCCCCGCCAGCUCUUUCCCGUGUGUUUCCCUGCCCAACGCCUCCUAACCGCAAGUGGAGUGGCGAGUGGGGCUGAGUGGGGUGAGGAGUCCUCAAGGCUUCGAUCGCAUAACAACCUUCUCCGUUUUCUCUUCCUUUGCCGAGUCUGUGCGACCAGCAACGAUCCGCGCGGAGUUUUCAUCCUGGCGCGCGCGUUUUCCGAACUGGCAGAACGUGUUCGCUCUAUCUUCCGCCGGUGAGAACAACAUCGGCGCCUACAUCGAAAGGAGGCGUGAGCUGCCGGAGCAUCGGUGACUGUGUGCGACAUUGCCGAUCCGAAGCAUCAGCAUCGGCGCGGCAUACGGGGCGCCAGCUUCUUCAUGAUAAACACGCGCAACGGGCGACCAAACCACGACUUCGGAAGUGGCGACUGCAGCAACAACAGCAGCAACCGCACUAGCGGCAUGAUACUGUUGCUCUUCAACUGGCUGCUCUUCUGCGUCGAGCUCGGACGGUUGUUUGUCCGACUCGCGCUGGCGUCGGCUGAGACUCUGUACCGCGCCCUCGUGCCCAAGCCACGGAAGGACGUGUCAAGCAGUGUAGUCGUCGUAACGGGAGCCGCGCGAGGUCUGGGGCGCGAGAUCGCCCGCAGCUUCGCCAACCUCGGCGCCAAAGUCGUGCUGCUCGACAUCGAUCAGGCACGCAACAAUGAGCUGGCCAAGACAAUCCGUGCAUCGGGCGGAAAGGGCUUCUCUUUCACAUGUGAUGUCACAGACGAGGACCAAGUUAAGAACAUCGCUCAAAAGAUUGGACGUCUCAUCGGAGAUGUGGACAUUCUGGUGAACAAUGCAGGCAUUGCUCAGGCCAUGCCCAUCCUCAACAUGAACCCAAGCCAGGUUCGACGUACCAUGGAGGUCAACACUCUGUCCCACUUCUGGAUGAUCCAGGAGUUUCUUCCCAAGAUGCUCGAGCGCAAAAAGGGCCACAUCGUGGCAGUCUCGUCUCUCGCUGGGCUGGUGGGAGCAGCCAAUUACACUGAAUACUGCGCAUCGAAAUUUGCGGUGAUGGGCUUGAUGCUGUCGCUGGAGCGGGAGCUGUCACAGACGGAGGCGGGGCGUACCAUCCGCCUGACCACCAUCUGCCCUGCUGUGCUGUCCCGCGGGUUCUCCCACAUGGGGCUGCCGUACCUGAGUGCAUGGUUCCCCAGGAUCUUUCCCCCAGUGGAUGCCAAUCAGGCGGCACGUGAGGUGGUGAGCCGGGUGCUCCGGGAUGAGGAGCUGAUCGUGGUGCCAGCCAGCUUCAACCUCAUCCUCAAGCUUUCUGUGUUGCUUCCCCACAGUGUGGGCAAGAUAGUGCAGGAAUACCUCGACUAUAUGGUGAACCCCAUGACCGAGGGCGGUACAGUCCUCUGAGGAGCCUCGCCCCUUGACAUUCUGGUCACCUUCAUGGCUCACGCUAUGCCUUAAUGCAGCUUGACUGUGCAAGCUGCAAGCUCAUUCUGCACAUCAGCAUUCCCCAGGUCUUCCUUUUGUCGUGCCUUACUUCAGUCACACUGUGCGCAGAUUUUGCGCGUUGUGGGCUAUUGGUAAUUUACAGUGCCGAUGUUUGGGGUUUCUUGCUGAUAAUGUAGGUUUAUUGCAGACAGGUGCGGUAAAUAUAGCUGUGCGCAUGAUCAAAUGCAGCCUUACCGAUUGUUGGGGUUUCUAGUUUUCAACGUUUUUUAACAUUUUUUAAUGAGACUCAGUAUUUGCAACUGCUGCAUUAAAAAAUGUGGCACAGUUGUUCUUGUUGGAAACUGAAGUCAACAUUCAGGCCCAUGUAUGCAUAUUUGUUCGGAAAUGUUCUAUGUUUGGAUGUUGGACAUUUCCUUUCUGUCCUGCACAAACCAUUUUGCAGUUUGAAGUGUUCAUUUGUUGUUAGCUGUUUAUCCACGUUCAAAAUUUCUGUAAUUCAAUCCACCCCACGCGUAGCUGCAUCUGUAUGAGCUGUCGUAAGUUCGAGCCCAUACCAUGACUUCAUUAGGUUAUAGCAUGUUCUGGACAAUAUAGUUAGGCUGCUAUGGUCUCCAAUGCGUUUAAGGAAUGCAGUAUAGAUGGAAGACGUUUAAGGAAUGCAGUCAUAGAUGGCACCGAAUAUGAGAUGCUCUGGGCAGAUACUGAUAAGAAGACAUUUGCCAGCGGCAGUGGUCUAUUGCAGCUCGCAUGCUUUAAAUUUUCUUUUUUUCCAAGUGAGCUCAAAUCACCACUACUUUCUCUCUCUCUCUUACCAUGAAUAUCUGGUAGCUAUAAACAAUGAAGGGCAUUGCACUUAUAAUUUCUUGAAGUAUGAAAAUCGGGGUGCAUGUUGAGAUCGAGGGCAUUGCACGAUUCAUUUCGGGCCAUCUAAACCGGGUGCACGUUACAAUCGAGGGUGCAUUAUUAUCAAGUUAAAUAUGGUAUCAAAGAUUCUGAAACAAAGGACCAACUUUGCGACAGGUGUGACAGGUACGGAGAUAGUUAUGUGGCAUUGUACAAAGUAAUUAGUAAACCCUGUCGUUCACAUGUUGCUUAUACUGUCAUUGUCUGCGUGUUUAGGUUUGUGCAUACAGUUAAACCUGCUUAUAACGAACCUCCAUAUAACGAAUUCCUGGAUAUAACAAAGUUUUUCAAUUCCCCGCCGUUACUCCAUAGAAGCACAUGUAUUUGAGACCUCUACGUAACAAAGUGGCAGCGGGAGACCCCCUCGAAAUAACGAAUUUUCCCCGCCGACGCUCGAGAGAUUUCGCCGCAAAUUUGGUCAUUUUUGCGCGAGCAGCAACCGGAAGCACCUUCUCCGCCGUGACGGAGAAGGUGCAAAAAGGUGACGUUAAUUCGAGCGUGCUUGGCGCGCUCAAAUUAACGGCGACUGCGAGGCUAGAGCGAGCACACGCGAGGCGGGCCUGCAUCCCUCGACCCGACGAUCUUGCCGCCGCGGACGUGACCUUUCCCCCUCCCUUCAUUCAAACCUGAUCCCGCCGCUUGCUGCAGUUGGCCUAGCCCGCCAAGCCGGCACUCUCCUUUU